UCUGAGCGCCUGGACUCACACAUUCGAUAAGGACUUUAGUGAGUGAAAUCAUGUCUGGAAGAGGCAAGGGCGGAAAGGGUCUGGGCAAAGGAGGCGCCAAGCGCCACAGGAAGGUGCUGCGGGAUAACAUCCAGGGCAUCACCAAGCCCGCCAUCCGCCGCCUGGCACGCAGAGGGGGAGUCAAGCGCAUCUCCGGCCUCAUCUACGAGGAGACUCGCGGGGUGCUCAAAGUUUUCCUGGAGAACGUUAUCCGGGACGCCGUCACCUACACCGAGCACGCCAAGAGGAAGACAGUUACCGCUAUGGAUGUGGUGUAUGCUCUGAAGCGCCAGGGACGCACUCUGUACGGAUUCGGAGGUUAAAGGCUCGCUAAGGUUUUUUAUAUUUUUCCCCUCAUCACAAUAACGGCCCUUUUAAGGGCCACC